AAAAUACCAAAUCAAUCCUUGGAAGCCCAUUUCCUGAGGUUCCAUGUGUUCCCAGGGUCUGCCUCCCCCACUCAAGGUAAAGAUGGUACUGCCCGGAAGUCCGGGCGCAGACUGCGGCUGCGCUGCUCGCGAAAGGGCAGCCGUCGCGGAGCUGGCCACUUCCGCGCUUCCGUUUUCCGACCCAGCCAGCGCCCGCGAUGACUGCCACUCUCCGCCCCUACCUGAGUGCCGUGCGGGCCACACUGCAGGCUGCCCUCUGCCUGGAAAACUUCUCCUCCCAAGUGGUGGAACGACACAACAAGCCUGAAGUGGAAGUCAGGAGUAGCAAAGAACUCCUGUUACAACCUGUGACCAUCAGCAGAAAUGAAAAGGAAAAGGUUCUGAUUGAGGGCUCCAUCAACUCUGUCCGGGUCAGCAUUGCUGUGAAACAGGCUGAUGAGAUUGAGAAGAUUUUAUGCCACAAGUUUAUGCGCUUCAUGAUGAUGCGAGCAGAGAACUUCUUUAUCCUUCGAAGGAAACCAGUGGAGGGGUAUGACAUUAGUUUUCUGAUCACCAACUUCCACACAGAGCAAAUGUACAAACACAAGUUGGUCGACUUUGUGAUCCACUUCAUGGAGGAGAUUGACAAGGAGAUCAGUGAGAUGAAGCUGUCAGUCAAUGCCCGUGCACGCAUUGUGGCUGAGGAGUUCCUCAAGAACUUUUAAACCAUCUGGCUGGAUCUUGUGGCCUUUCCCCCACACUCCCCUGUGUCUGUGAAGGCGUCCUGGAGUCACUCCCCCGAGCAGCAGCAGCAGUGGCGGCAGCGGCGGCAGGGAGCUGGGUCGGGUGGGCGUUGGAUGUGGGAGGGGGGUGGUGUGCUUGCUAGCUGUGCAAGAAAUCAGCGGUGGACCUGGCCAAAGGCCACACGUGCUUGGUCAGGCUGGCGCUGGCUUCUGAUGUUCAGUCCCCUGGGCUGGGACAGAUUUUUUUUUUUAAUGUCUUGAAACUUAACUCUGUGCUUGAAGGAGACUUUAACCUUUUUGUCUUUUUUUUUUUUUUUU